GUGGGUGGAUCCAGUUUGGUGGAUGGUCAAAUUGAGCUGAUGCUUCACAGGAGGUUGCUUCAUGAUGAUGUGAGAGGUGUUGGUGAGGUAUUAAAUGAAACAGUGUGCAUCUCUGACAGAUGUGAAGGUUUAACUAUUCAAGGAAAAUUUUAUCUCCGAAUUGAUCAUAUCGGAGAAGGUGCUAAGUGGCGUCGCACUGUUGGCCAGGAGUUAUAUUCUCCACUUCUUUUAGCCUUUGCAGAGGAGGUCCGAGCAAGUAUGGUGGACGCUUGCGCAUCUGGAUACCUCUCAAAUUCCCGGUCCCGGAAUAAUCGUCUGGAUGAACACGUCAGGCUCCGAUUAUCUUGCUUGGCAUGCCACGUGGGUAAUUACAUUGGCGCCGUCUAUGGGAACCGAACUGAAAGCUCCUUAGUUGCUCUUCCGUCAUGGUUCACACUCGAUCGAUCCGAGCUGGUCCCAACCAUAUUCCCUCCUGUUGAUCAUGCAGAAGGAGGAGAUGAAAACCAACCCCAUACCUCAGCUCACAAUUCAACUUCCACGGCCAAUCAAGACGUGGUGACAGCUCAGCUUGCUGCCAUGCAGCAGCAGUUUGGUGUUUUUCAGUUGGUACUGGCUCAGCUUCUAGCUAGAAAUAAUCCUGGUGAUCCCCUCAUUAAUUUACUAAACCCUGCUCAACAACCCCCAGCUCCACAACAAAAUCCCCAACCGGUUCAACCUGCUCCCGCUGUUAGUGAAUCCCAAGAUCAAUCCCACAUAGCACCCGCUCAACAACCCAUCCCUGAUGAUGUUACCCGCCGCCGUGAUAGCUUAGAAAAGCUGGUAGCUGAACACCGAGGUGCCCCACCCCCACACUAUGCUGCUAAUUCCAUACCUCACCCCUUGAAUACCAACAUCACGCUGAAACCCUAUCCUACUGGCUUCAAAAUACCACAAUUGGAGACUUAUGACGGGACGAAGGACCCUGAUGAUCACCUGCAUGCUUUCUACUCUUGUAUGCAAGCUCAGAACGCUUCUGACGCGUUAAUGUGCAAAAUCUUCCCCUCUACUCUGCGAGUUGUUACACCUCACAAUGAUCCUUUGGUCACUUCUGUUAUGAUUAACAACUGUGAAGUACAACGUGUCCUUGUUGACACCGGGAGUGCACCAGACAUCAUGUACUUCCACUGUUUUGAGAGUCUAGGACUAGAUCCAGCAUUGUUGCAGAAGUAUGAUGGUCCUAUCUAUGAUUUUAAUAAUCAACCUGUUCCGGUAGAAGGAGUUCUUACCCUCCAUGUGGCUUUUGAGAGGGGUAGAACCUAUGUGACCCCGUCGGUCCGGUUCCUUGUAGUCAAGAUGGUAUCCUCCUUCAACAUUGUUAUUGGCCGACCCACACUGACUGAAAUCCGAGCUGUGGUUUCCCAGUCUCACCUCUGUAUGAAGUUCCCAACUCCCAUGGGAAUAGCAACACUGCGAGGAAACCAGGAGGUGGCCAGGCAUUGUUAUAUCACCUCAGUAACACAACCCAUGAAGGGCAAAACUCAGACACCUGAAGCCAUUCCGCAGCAAAUUUCUGAUAAUCAGCAAGUUAUGGGUGUUGAGAUCGUAGAUAAUCGACCGGAAAAUGAUACCAGAGCUGCUUCGGUCGAAGAUGUUGAAGAAGUACUUAUUGAUGACAGAGAUCCGAGCCGAAAGACCACCAAUCCAUUGAAGAAACCAGUGGCCCAGAAGCGGCGUCUCUUCGGGGGUGAGAGGCUUCAGGCUAUUAAAGAAGAGGUAACGAAGCUCCUGCAGGCUGGUUUUGUCAGAAAAGUCGAUUACUGUGAAUGGGUGGCUAACCCAGUCCUGGAUUGCUAUCCAAUGCCGAGCAUUGACAAACUAGUUGAAGCGGCUUCAGGCAAUGAAAGGUUAAGCCUCUUGGACGCAUAUUCGGGGUAUCACCAGGUGCCAAUGGCUCCAGAAGACGAAGAGAAAACCGCGUUCUAUGCUGGCGAUGAAAUUUAUUGUUACGUCAUGAUGCCGUUUGGCUUGAAGAAUGCAGGUGCUACUUAUCAAAAAAUGGUAACCAUUGUCUUCCACGCCCAGAUUGGCAAGAACCUGGAGGUAUAUGUCGACGACAUUGUGGUAAAGAGCUUAAAAGCAGAAGACCAUCUCGCCGACCUCGACGAAACCUUUAACAACCUUAGAAAGAAUAGGAUGCGGUUAAACCCAGCCAAAUGCAUCUUUCGAGUGGAGUCUGGAAAAUUUCUAGGUUUCAUGGUGUCCCGAAGGGGAAUUGAGGUCAAUCCAGAGAAGAUCAGAGCAAUUGCCGAGAUGGAACCGCCGAAAUCAGUGAAGGAUAUACAAAGGUUGAUUGGGAGGGUGGCAGCUCUGCAUCGGUUCAUAUCGAAGUCAGCAGAUAAAUAGGGAUACCGAAGCGAACAUGCCCUGAAGUUCAAUUUCGAUGCAACAAAUAACAUGGCUGAAUAUGAAGCUCUCCUACUUGGACUACAGCUAGCACUAGAAUUGAAAAUCAGUGCAAUUCAAGGAUAUAGUGACUCUCAGCUGGUGGUGAACCAAAUCAACUCUAUUUGCGAAGUUGUUGAUCCUGUGAUGGUAAAGUAUGUAGCCUUGGUGGCCGAGCUGAAGUGCAAAUUUCAAAAAUUCUGUCUGAGUAAAAUUCCCCGAGCUGAGAAUGAACAGGCAGAUUCACUCUCCAAGUUUGCUUCUGAUAGCUCCUUAAGCUCCAGAUCCGUUUUUGUAGAGGUCUUAGAUGAGCCAAGCUUCACGAAGCCUCGGGACAGGCAUGAGGCAAUGAAAUUAAGGAAGAAAGCAUCUCGAUAUACACUUGUUGAUGGAGUCAUGUAUAAGAGAUCUUUCUCACUUCCUCUUCUACGGUGUUUAAACCCCUAUGAAGUUGAAUACGCACUUCGAGAGGUACAUGAAGGUGUCUGUGGGAACCACGUCGGUGCUAGAACUCUGGCUCACAAAGUCUUAAGACAAGGAUACUACUGGCCAAACAUGUACAAAGAUGCCACUUACUUUGUUCAGAAAUGCCCGAAAUGUCAAUUCUUCGCACACCUGACUCAUCAACCAGCAGAAGAGCUCACGAACUUGGUAGCGCCGUGGCCAUUUGCUCAGUGGGGACUGGAUCUUUUAGGCCCAUUUGUGAAAGGGGUUGGUGGUGUAACCCAUCUGAUUGUUGGUGUGGAUUAUUUCACGAAAUAUGGGAUUCCAAAUCAGAUUGUGGCUGAUAAUGGAACUCAAUUCAAUUGCUCCUCAUUUCGAGAUUUCUGCUCCAGUUAUGGGAUCAAAUUACAGUUCACCUCCGUUUACCAUCCGGAGUCCAAUGGCAUGGUGGAAUCUGUUAACAAAUGCAUUUUGGAAGGUAUAAGGCCGAGGUUGGAGCAGCAUAAGGCCAAGUGGGCAGACGAGCUCAACAACGUCCUCUGGGCAUACAGAACCACGAGCCGAACUGCCACAGUCAGAGAAGAAGCUCGGCUUCGAACUCUUGUAUACAAGCAGAAGCUAGCCAACUUUUACAAUAAACGGGUCCGCCCUCGCACAUUCAAAAUAGGAGACCUUGUUCUCAGAAAAGCUGGCUUAACGGGGUUUGAAACUCGUUUUGGCAAACUCACUCCAAAUUGGGAAGGUUCUUAUGCCGUGGCCGAAGUAUCACAUCCUGGUGCCUAUAUUCUCCAAGACGCUGAAGGAAAAAGAGUUCCUAGAGUCUGGAAUGUCAAUAAUUUGAAAAAAUUUUACCCCUGAUGAAAUUCUUCCAAGCAAUCUAUGUCUUACUGUUCUUUAUGCUUCUCACUCCGUGUUUGUUAAGAUUGAUUUUAUCUUUUUUUCCAUGUAUCCGAGGUUAAUCAGUACUUACACCUCACUUCUGACUGAUAAAAGUCACUUCACAUG